AUGCUCGACACAGGCAAAAGUUCCACCGGAAAAGUGAGUGAAGAAGAGGAAGAUUACCAUGAACGAAGCAUAAACAAAAUCAAGGACAUGACUCAAGCCACAGAUCUGGGAUCUAAACUAGACUGGAAGAUACAAGAACCCUUUGGGACACUGAAAAAAGCUAUGUCCAGCGGCACAAUCGAAGGACCACCAAGGAGAAUGGUGUUAAAGACCCACCCAAGGAGACAACCUACUAAUCUGGGGUGCGGGGAUUACGAUGAAUGGACGCCUGACCGCCGAAGAACUCAACGGUCUACCGAAGAGCAGUUCGGCCCCCACUUGAGAGCAGAUGAACAGUCGACAAGACAGAUCAAACUAACCUUAGUUGUAAUAAAUUAUCGAGAAGUGCAAGAGAGCAAUAGAGCCAAGAGAGAGGAUAAGAAGGCUAUCAAAGAGAUGCCUAACCAGCGGAUCGAGCAAGUAGCAAUAAAGUACGUGGAGAGAUACCCAAAUGCAUCAGAGAAGAGGAUUGCACUAAGUAGGAAGAUGGUAAGGGGCUGUCCAAAAAUGGAGAAGUUGGGGUUAGUUCCAGAAUGGGCAGAAUUAGGGGGGAUCCCAAUUGAGACAAUAGCUCUAAGCCCAGUAAAUAAAGUGCUCUAG